CUUCAUUAGAUAUACAACAUGGGCUGUUGGAUGCUGGAUACAGACAGUUACCCUGCAAUCACAAGGCUUCAGUACUCACAAGUAUCAUUCCAUUGCUAUGAAGACAUUACUUUGAGGAAAGCAGUAAAAGUUACAGAAUGAUCAUGAAGAGAGGAGAAGGCUGCAAACUUUUCAAAGUGCCCCACAUCUGGAGCCUUACACUGAUCUGUGUUCUCACGACAGACCCUGCUGGAGCGUACAAUAUAGAUGAGGAGAACCCCUUGGUUUUUAAAGGACCAGAUGGAUCCCUGUUUGGCUACUCUGUGGUUUUCCACAGCUAUGGGGAUGAGAAGUGGAUUAUUGUUGGAGCCCCGAAAUCCAACCUGACCACACGCACAAAUAUCGUCAGCCCUGGAACUAUUUUCAAAUGCAAAAUUGGAGACAAUAUUAAUGGGACAUGUGAACUAAUGGAUGUGGGUGAACCAAAUGGUCGAAAAUGUGGACGGACAUGUAUAGCAGAACAAGAUAACCAGUGGAUGGGGGUCAGCCUCUCAAGACAGCCAACAAAAGAUGGAAAUCUAUUGGUUUGUGGCCAUAGAUGGAAGAAUGUUCAUUUUUUGAAUGAACACAAGCUGCCCCUUGGACUAUGCUACUCAAUACCUGCAAAUUUACGCACUGACCUAAGCAGAAAAAUAUGUCCAUGCUAUAGAGAUCAUGUUAAGAAGUUUGGUGAACAACAUGGCUCAUGUCAAGCUGGGAUCUCUACCUUUUACUUGGAUGAUUUAAUCAUCAUGGGGGCACCAGGGUCAUUCUACUGGACUGGAGCAAUCUUUGUCUAUAACACAACACUUAACAAGAUCUACACAUACAACAAUAUUAAUAAUACUGUGAAAUACGGGAGCUACUUAGGUUACUCUGUAGGAGGAGGCCAUUUUCAGUCCCCAACCAGCAAUGACAUUAUAGGAGGAGCCCCACAACAAGAGCAGAUUGGUAGGGUCUACAUCUUUGCAUUUGAAGGGAACCAUCUAAUUAUAUUGUUUGAAGCAGAGGGCAAAAAGCUCGGUUCAUACUUUGGAGCUUCUGUGUGUGCAGUGGAUUUAAAUGGUGAUGGACUGUCAGACUUGCUUGUUGGCGCACCAAUGGAGAGCACAGUGCGAGAGGAAGGCAAGGUGUACGUCUACAUGAACUACGGAUGGGGACAGAUGUCAGAACUUGAUUAUGAACUUUCAGGAAGUGACUUAUAUGCAGCAAGGUUUGGAGAAGCAAUAACCAAUCUGGGAGAUCUUGACAACGAUGGCUAUGAAGAUGUGGCUAUUGGAGCACCACACGAAGAAAAUAUGAAUGGAGCCGUAUACAUUUAUAAUGGAAGAGCAAAAGGAAUUACACCUUCAUUUACACAGAGGAUACAGGGGCGUAAACUUGGCUAUUCUUUAAGCACUUUUGGUCAAUCACUAUCCACAGGAUUAGAUGCAGAUGGAAAUGGAUAUCAAGAUGUUGCAGUUGGUGCAUUUCUGUCUGACUCUGCUGUUCUUCUAAGAACAAGACCGGUUGUGACUAUCGAUGCCGCCUUAAAACUGCCAAGUUCUGUAAAUCGGACAAGAUUUGAAUGUGUGGAAAAUGGGCAACCAGCAGUGUGUAUGAAUGUCACGAUCUGCUUUAAGUAUCAAGGACAGGGCGUGCCUGGUCAUAUUGUCAUGCACUAUAAUAUCAGCUCUGAUGUUAAAAGAAAUAGAGGCACUCCAUCCAGAUUCUACUUUUCUUCCAAUGGAACCAGUGAGGUUUAUUCAGGAAAGAUUGAUCUUCGACAAAAAUCUGAAAGCUGUAGGAGCCACCAAGCCUUCAUGAGGAAAGAUAUCAGAGAUAUUUUGACUCCAAUACAUAUGGAGUCUCACUAUUAUCUUGGAAAACAUAUCGUAUAUAAAAGAAAUGCAGAUGAAUUCAAGCCCCUACAGCCAAUUCUACAGAAGAAAGAUGGGGAUAAAAAUAUAUUAAAAAAUGUGGUGUCAUUUGCAAGGUACUGUGCCUUGGCAAACUGCUCUGCGGAUUUACAGAUCUCAGGAAAAGUUUCCUUCCCGGGAUCAUCAGAUAAUAAGAUAUAUGUUGUUGUUGGAGGAACAAAGACUGUAAUGAUCAAUAUGUCGCUGUACAAUGCUGGGGAUGAUGCCUAUCAGUCCACUCUACACAUGAGGCUUCCGAAAGGCAUCUUCUUCAUCAAAGUUAUAGAUCUGCUGGAGAAACAGAUAAACUGUGCCGUUAACGAUGAGGAAAAUCAGUUGACAAGACUGGACUGCAACAUAGGUCAUCUGUACGUGGACUCUUUUUCAAGACAAGAGUUUUCCGUCUUGCUGGAUACAAGCUCCCUUACCACCGCAGAAGAUCUUGAAAUCAAUGUGACAGUGAAUUGUCAGAAUGAAGUGGAUGAAAGCUCUCUAUGGAACAAUGAAGCCAUUUUCACCAUACCCACAAGAUACGAAGUCAAUGUCAAAGUCAUUGGUUAUGUAUCUCCGAUAUCAUUUGUCUUCGGACCUCCUGAAGAUGAGGACAAGCUGUGUGUCAAAGAGACCAUCGAAUAUACAUUCAAUGUGAUCAACGCUGGGCCAAGUCUUGUUUCCAACACUACGUUUCAGAUUAUGAUACCCAACAGAUUUGCUCCAAGGGACUUCAAACUGUUUCACAUAUUGAAUGUCAAGACAAAUUUAGGAAAGUGCCGUUACGCUUCAGACACUGAUGUUUGUGACUCGUUGUUGAGCAAUAGAUCGAUAUUUAGUGAUUUUGUGUCCUUCUUCCGAAGAUCUGGAGCUAGGAACGCGUACUGCUUUGAAGACGAUGAAACUUGUCUACGUAUAGACUGCGCUUUUGGAGACAUGGAAAGUGAUACUGAGGCAACCGUGGAAGUGACGAUUGAAACAAACCAUGCGCUUCUAGAGCUUGAAGAUGUUUCAUCGCUACAAUUUAUAACAACAGGAAAAGUGAGAUCUGAAGAAAGCCCUAAAAUAAUUUAUCUCAACCAGAAACAUUAUACACAUGUUCUUCAAGAAGCAGUUCACAAUCAAAAAACAAGACGUCAUGUUAUAUAUACAAUAAUUGGAAUAAGCUUAUUACUAGGACUUCUGCUAUUCUCACUCAUGACAUUUAUCUUAUGGAAGAUGGGAUUCUUCAAGAGAAAAUACAACUCGCUGAAUUCUGACAUGAAUAGAAAAGAAAGCUGGAGCUUCCUUACUCAAGAGGAAAAUGAUGAAAAAGAAAACUAAAUAUAUUUCUGGACCUAUAGAUAUUUUAAAUUUUCCAUAAAUUAUGGGGAAAAAACACAAGGAAAAGAAAUGAAGUUAUUUUUCUUUACAGAAGAGAACUGAUUUUUCAGAUAUUUAUCUAGAACUUAUCAAGAACUUGUGAUGCCUUCUAAAGAUUUUUAUUUCAUGAAUGGGUAUGUUCUAUGUCUUCUUCUCAUGAAUAUGUUCAACCAAGGAUCUCAGGAAAGUGAAAGUUUUAUAAUGAUAGAAGAAAUGCAAUAAAAGCCCUAAGCAGGGAGCCUGAUGAUAUUCAUCGGUCAUGUGAGAUCACUGAAGAGAGACAUGGACUGUAUCGCUGGGGACGGUGAUCCCCAGUAGAAGAUCUGAGGUGUUAGAGGUCUCUAAGCACAUUGCCUUUCACUUCAACUGAAGCAAUUUUGCUUUAAAACACUACGGUUUGUGGGAUCGCCUUACAGUGGACCAACUUUAGUGGUCAAUAGUCUACAGUAUAUAGAAAGAAAAGUAAGCCGAGGGAUUAAGCAUCUUUGCUAGGUCCUACCAUGUUACAUGUUGUCUGAGGUCAUUAGCUCAGUUCCCGUCUUCUCCUUGGCUACUUGACCAAAGUGUCGAAGGUGUAUAUUUCCUAUAUCUUUUCAGGGUUCAAUUGUGAUUCUAUCAAUUCAGCAUUGAAAGCCCAGAUGCAAGCUGGUCACCCUGUUAUUUUUUCCAAAAUGGAGGACUUUACUGAAUUAAGAGGGGUUUGAUACUGUAGGCAAAACUCAAUGUUCAGCUUUGUUCAGUCUGAUUCUUUAAAAAAAAAAAAAAAGGUAACGGCAAACCAGUGGUAUAGGUGAUGACACAUAUGUAAUGAUAGCAUUUUCACCCAAAUCUUGGUGUUAUAUAAUCAAUCCAAAGUUGAAAUGACAGCCAAAGCAUGUUAAUCAUACAACUAGAUUAUCUGUCCUACUGGUUGUCAUUUUCACUGUAAUUCCCAGGAAUUGACAACCAGUUACGUUCUCAGCUGUACCGUUAAAUGGGUUGUCUGGUUUAAAAAAAAAAACAGACAACCCAUCCUUUCACAUACUCCUGUGGCAAUUCUGAGUUAAUAGAAGGGGGUCACCACUUUUUCACUCUCAUCUACUGUAUUACCUGAUAAGAAGAGCAGCUACAAAGGUUGUCUGUUGCUCUCGAAGACCCAACAUGUCCAUGCAUUACCCAAAUAAUUUCAGUGACAUCUGUGAAAUGCUUCAGUGAUCACUCGUAGCUUUUCCCUAUAGAUUAUAGAUGUUCCAACAGUGGGACACCCUGUAAUCACCCCUAUCAUCAUGGAACCCUUUCACUUUGAACAAUCCCUUUAAAGUUACAUUUAUAAGUUGCUGAGACGCUACAUUAGUUUAGCUAAAAAUUACUAAUAAACGUAAUUUUUACAUUAAAGGGGUUAUCCAUCAGAAUAUAUUUUUUACAUAAGGGUCAGGAUGGUGUAAGAAGAAAAAAAAAGAGAAGAAGCAUUACUUAUAUUACCAAUCCUCCCCUGCUGUCCUUCUGAUGCUUACCGGGUCCUUAAAGGACUCUGCUUCUUGGCUCGGCAGGAGAUGCUGGUUCAGCCAAUCAACAGACACAAUGGUAACCUGCCUAAGCUAUUGACUUGAAGGGGUAGCUCCUGCCAUUUCCUGUGUAUCUGGCUGGGAUCAGGAAGCAGAGACCAGUGGAGAUCCGGUAAGCGUUGGGGCGGUAUCAAUGGGGAGUAAUGCUUAUUUUAUUUUUACUCCAUUCUGCAUCUUGUCUAUCCUAUCGGACACCUUUAAUAAUGAAUAUCCUUCUGAUUUAUCACAAUUUACAAUUUUGUUUACAUUUUGGAUGUAAUUUUUUGUUGAUAUACCACUGUCCAUCCUUUAGCAUUGAAGUCGGUCACUUGCACAUUUGGCACAGCACAACAAAAUGAAUGUAGAUAUUUCCACAGCAAUUCAGCCGAGCAAGCAGCGACCUCACCAUGGGGACUGAGAAGCUUCAUUCUCUAGUUCAGCAAACAAAAUGCCUGCCUCCACAACAGUUAUAUAUUCUUAGGCCUACUUGAAUCAGAUUAUCAUAUUUACCUUUUAUACUAUUUGUCACAGGUGUAAGAGCCAGUCUUUCUCUAUGUUGAAGGGGGAUUCUUAGAUUUUGCAGAACGGUGUACACAACUGCCGGUUGCUGUUCUAGGAGGCUGCUGAUGUACAUUGAGGGGUUGUUUGCUUACAAACAUCAUGUACCUGAAUUUCUAUAGAUGUAUCAUAGAGUAGGUCUAUAGUAAAGAGAUGUGUACACAAACAAUCCCACGCUGUUCUAGGGAGAAGACCUCUGUAAUACCACAAGUGAUGGAGAGUGCUACACAUUGCUAUGUGUCUUCAUGGACAAGAGACAUACUCUCUUCUGUUAUCUAUUCAAAAGAUGUAGAGUAAAGGAGGAUAUUAAAGGGAGUAUAACUGAAUGGUCUGACUACACAGGGUUUGUUUGUGGUCUGUAACUAUAGAAACAUAAAUAAGAUCUGCAUAGCAGCUGUACACCCAGAAUGGUAGGACAUUUUUACUCUAAACCAUUUGGUUCAGAUUUUAAUUGCAUUGAAGCAAAAAAAAACUGGGUUCUGGAGGUUGACAUAACCUUGCAUAAGUUUCAUUAAUGAAAAAUGGUGUAGACAAAAAGAACUCACAUUGUUGAAAAUUGAAAAGUCUAAUAUUGUUAGAAAAUUAAAAUAUAAAGGGGUUUCUAGGGACUACGCAUAUUUCAUUUAUAUGAUGAACCUCUGUGUAUAAAAGAAAAACUGAUUUCACAUCCCUGUUGUUGACCAGCAGGCCAUGCUUGUGUACCCAAUAUUCAUAGAGAUGUCAACAGUGUUUGGUCUUAGUAGGUCUUUUAGGACUUAUUAAGUCUUCAGACUUUUUUCACAUAUCUAGACCCCAGACAAUACUUUGAAAUUGAUACCAUGUGGGAUCAUUGGCUGACACUGUUAUAAGGAUUGAUUUCUUUCCCCUUGCAACCAGUCAUCUUUCUAGUGCAAGUUAUGAAAAGGGGGCAGCCCUUCUUCUUUUUGUUAGAACUACUUUACAUAAAUUUGAACCGGUGACAACUGCUGUGGAUUCUUUACAUUUGUUUUAUGUCCUCACAGGGAAUGCUCUCACCCAGAUAGGACCGUACUCUCUGCUCUGCACUGAUGAGGGGAAAUCACCCCGAAACAGCUGUCUGCAGAUGAGGUGCUGGCUUAUUUAUUAUCCAAGUCAUGUCUCAAGCCCUAUUUAAAGGGUCGAACAUUGACUUAG